CAGCACGGACACCAGUGGGCCAAAUGUAAACAGACGCGGGAAACUUCAGCCUAACUACCAGUACCAGCCGUAGUCUGGUGAUAUUAAUUAAUAAUAUUAAAUAUUAAGAUAAUAUUAACUGCAGAGGGAGUUCCGGUCAUGACAGACAUCUUAAGACUCGUGUUCCGGACCUUUGGUUCCCAACCGGAAGUCCGGAAGCAGCCGAGCCCCCCGUGCCCGACCACGUGCAGCGCCCUGGUGGUCGGCGACCCCGGCAUGGGCCGCGCGGUGCUGCUGCUCGCGGCCGUGACGGCGGCCUCGGAGCUGGGGGUCCGGGUGGUGUUCUUCACCCAGACCCAGAUCCAGAGACUUCCGGUGUCGCUGCAGAAGUGUGUUUCCGGUCUGAGCCCGGAGAGUCUGAAGAGGAUCCAGUUCUCGUACCCGCGGACGCUGGAGGACCUCCUGCAGCAGGUGGCCCGGCUCCACGAGUCCCCCCACACGUCCCCCACGCCCCCGUCCCUGAUCGUGGUCGACGGGCUGGAGGGCUUCCUGUGUGGGUCCGGGUCCCACAGCGGGUCCCACCCGGGCGCACCGACCCGCGCGGCCCACCUGGCGGCGCUGCUGUGCGACAGCGCCUCCUUCCUCACGCAGCUCCUGGAUCAGGGCUCCUCCUCGGGCUCGGGCCCGUGCCGCGUCAUCGCCUCCUUCCAGCCGGGGGGGGACCCGGGGGGGGACGGGGCCGAGACCUCCGCCACGGACCCCGUCCUUGAUGUUCUGGAUCGCUAUUUCCAGGUUCGCUGCACUCUGGACCAGGACAGGAGCUAUGAAACUGCAGCGGCUGGGCUGCAGGGGUUGUGGCACGUUUACCUCUCCGGGACCGGCAUCACAGAGACCGGGACUAGCAUCACAGGGACCGGGGAAGGCAUCACAGGGACCGGGACCGGCAUCACAGGGACCGGGGCAGGCAUCACAGGGACCGGGACCGGCAUCACAGGGACUGGCAUCACAGGGACCGGCAUCACAGGGACCGGCAUCACAGGGAACCCCCCAAUUCAUGUAGCAUCACUGCACAGAAAGGAAUCAACUGCAACAUGA